ACGGGUUACCUGCUCUUAACGGUCAAAGCGAACCCUUUCAUUCUGACAUUCUGAAUUCUUUAAUUCGGAAUGAAUCAAAUCUCCUCAAGUAGGAUUCGAACCUACGACCAGUCAGUUAACAGCCGACCGCUCUACCGCUGAGCUACUGAGGAACAACGGGAGAUUAGAUCUCAUAGAGUUCAAUUCCCGUUCUCAACCCAUGACCAAUAUGAACUCGAAGUUUCCUUCGUAACCCCCGGAACUUCUUCGUAGUGGCUCCGUUCCAUGCCUCAUUUCAUAGGGAACCUCAAAGUGGCUCUAUUUCAUUAUAUUCCAUCCAGAUCCCAAUUCCAUUUUUAUAUUGUCAUUGACAUGACAUAAGAGAUGUCGGUUCUAGUCUAUCUUUUUCUAUUUCUAUAUAUGUAUAUGGAAAGUUCAAAAAUCAUCAUAUAAUAAUCCAGAAAUAGAAAAGAAAAAAGGGAGGUUAAUGAUGAUUUUAAAAUCUUUUAUACCAGGGAAUCUAAUAUCCUUAUACAUGACGAUAAUCAAUUCGGUCGUUAUGGUCGGACUCUAUUAUGGAUUUCUGACCACACUAUCCAUAGGUCCCUCUUAUAUCUUCCUUCUACGAGCUCGGUUUAUGGAAGAAGGAGAAGAAGGAACCGAGAAGAGAGUAUCAGCAACAACUGGGUUUAUUGCAGGCCAGCUCAUGAUGUUCAUAUCAAUCUACUAUGUACCUCUGCAUUUAGCAUUGGGUAAACCUCAUACAAUAACUGUCCUAGCUCUACCGUAUCUUUUGUUUCAUUUCUUCUGGAACAAUCACAAAGACUUUUUUGAUCAUAGACGUCCUACCAGAAAUUCAAUGCGUAAUCUUAGCAUUCAAUGUGUAUUCCUGAAUAAUCUCAUUAUUCAAUUAUUCAACCAUUUCAUUUUACCAAGUUCAAUGUUAGCCAGAUUAGUCAACAUCUAUAUGUUUCGAUGCAACAACAAUAUGUUAUUUGUAACAAGUAGUUUUGUUGGUUGGUUAAUUGGUCAUAUUUUAUUGAUGAAAUGGGUUGGGUUGGUAUUAGUCUGGAUACAACAAAAUAAUUUAAUUAGGUCUAAUGUACUUAUUCGAUCUAAUAAGUAUCUUGUAUCAGAAUUUAGAAAUUCUAUGGCUCGAAUCUUUAGUAUUCUGUUAUUUAUUACCUGUGUUUACUAUUUAGGCAGAAUACCGUCACCCAUUCUAACUAAGAAACUGAAAGGAAUUUCCGAACCGGAAGAAGUGGGGGAAAGUGAGGAAGAAAGAAACAUAGAAAUAGAAACUAUUUCCGAGGGGGGAGGGGCUAACCAGAAACAGGGGACCGAAGAAAAUACUUCUUCUUCCCUUUUUUCGGAGGAAGAGGUGGAUCCGAGCAAAAUCGACGAAACAGAAAAGCUACGAGUGACUGGAAAGAAAAAAAAAAAAAUAAAGGGCGAAUUCCACUUUCGUUUUAAAGAGACAUACUAUAAAAAUAGACCGGUUUAUGAAACUUCUUAUCUGGAUGGGAAUCAAGAAAGUUCGAAGUUAGAAAUAUUAAAAAAAAAAGAAGAUAAAUAUUUAUUAUGGAUUGAAAAACCUCUUGUGACACUUCUUUUUGAUUCUAAACGAUGGAAUCGACCUUUGCGAUAUAUAAAAAAUGACCGGGUUGAAAAUGCUAUAAAAAAUGAAAUGUCACAAUAUUUUUUUUAUACAUGUCAAAGUGAUGGAAAAGAAAAAAUAUCUUUUACGUAUCCACCCAGUUUAGCAACUUUUGGGGAAAUGAUACAAAAAAAAAUAUAUUUUUUCACACCAGAAAAAUGGUUUUCUGAUGAAUUGUAUACUGAUUGGAGUUUUAUCAAUGAACUAAAAAGAAGAAAUUUGAGUAAGGAGUUUAUAAAAAGAGUCGAAUCUUUAGAUAAGGAAUCUUUUGAUCUGGGCAUACUUGAAAAAAGGACUCGAUUCUCUAAUAAUGAAACUAAACGAGAAUACUUGCCUAAACUAUAUGAUCCUUUCUUGCAUGGACCCUACCGCGGAAGAAUCAAAAAAUGGGGUUCCCCUUUAAGCAUAAAUCAAACUUAUAAAAAAAACACGGAUCCAUUUUGGAUAAAUAAGAUUCAUGCUCUACUUCUUACUACUGAUUAUCACGACCUUGAACAGACACUAGAUACACUCAAUAUAAAAUCAUUAGCAAGAAAAGAACUCUCUUUAUUGACAUUGACAGAAGAUGAACAGGGAAAUAUCGAUUCCGAGGAUCGAGUCAAAAUUUUGAAAUUUUUAUUCAAUAUAGUUAUAACUAAUCCCAACAAUCAAACAAUUAGAAAAAAAUCUAUUGGAAUAAAAGAAAUAAGUAAAAAAGUUCCUCGAUGGUCAUACAAAUUAAUCGACGAUUUAGAACAACAGGAGGGAGAAAACGAGGAAAAUGUAACAGCAGAGCAUGAAAUUCGUUCAAGAAAAUCCAAGCGCGUCGUGAUUUUUACUAAUAACCAGGCAAACGCCGAUACUUAUACUAAUACCAAGGAUGCUAAUGAUCCUGAUCAAACAGACGAAGUGGCUUUGAUACGCUAUUCGCAACAAUCGGAUUUUCGGCGCGACAUAAUAAAGGGUUCCAUGCGUGCCCAAAGGCGUAAAACAAUUACUUGGGAGCUGUUUCAAGCAAAUGUACAUUCCCCCCUUUUUUUGGACAGAGUAGACAAACCACUCUUUUUUUCUUUUGAUAUUUCUGGACCGCUGAAACGAAUAUCUCGAAAUUGGAUAUAAAACAAAGAAUCAAAAAUUUCUGAUUAUACAGAAAAAAAGAUCGAGAAAAAAGACGAGGCCAAAAGAGAAAAAUACAAAAGAGAAGAGAAAAUGAGGAUAGAAAUAGCAGAAGCUUGGGAUAGUCUUUUACUUGCUCAAGUAAUAAGGGGCUCCGUGUUAAUAACCCAAUCAAUUCUUAGAAAAUAUAUUAUAUUACCUUCACUGAUAAUAGUUAAAAACAUUGCCCGUAUGUUAUUAUUUCAAUUUCCUGAGUGGUCUGAGGAUUUAACGGAUUGGAAUCGAGAAAUGCAUGUUAAAUGCACUUAUAAUGGUGUUCAAUUAUCCGAAACAGAAUUUCCAAAAAACUGGUUAACAGACGGUAUUCAGAUAAAGAUCCUAUUUCCUUUUUGCCUGAAACCUUGGCACAGAUUUAAACUACAACCCUCUCAUAAAGAUCCAAUGAAAAAAAAGAAAGGUCAAAAGAAUGAUUUUUGCUUUUUAACAGUUUGGGGAAUGGAAACUGAACUACCUUUCGGCUCUCCUCGAAAACGGCGUUCGUUUUUUGAGCCUAUUUUUAAAGAACUAAAAAAAAAAAUAAAAAAAUGGAAAACGAAAUGUUUUAUAGCUUUAACAAUUUUAAAAGAAAAAACUAAAUUGUUUCGAAAAGCUUCAAAAGAAACAAAAAAAUGUAUCACUCAAAGCAUUCUAUUUCUAAAAGGAAUAAUAAAAGAACUUUCAAAAAUAAAUCCAAUUCCAUUUUUUGGGUUGAGAGAACCAUAUGAAUUGGGCGAAACUAAAAAGGAUUCGAUAAUCAGUAAUAAGAUGAUUCACAAAUCAUCCCUUCAAAUUCAAUCUAUGGCGUGGACAAAUUAUUCAUUAACCGAAAAAAAAAUAAAAGAUCUGACUAAGAGAACAAACACAAUCAAAAAUCAAAUACAAAAAAUUCUAAUUAUAAAAGACAAGAAAAACGAAUUUCUAACUCAAGAAAUAAAUAGUAGUUCUAACAAAAUAAGUUAUCAGGAUAAAAUAUUAGAAUCAUCAAAAAAAUUUUGGCAAAUAGUAAAAAGAAGAAAUAUUCGAUUAAUCCGGAAAUUCUAUUUUUUUAUAAAUUUUUUCAUUGAAAAGAUAUACAUGGAUAUUCUUCUAUAUAUCAUUAAUAUUCCAAGAACCAAUACCCAACUUUUUCUUGAAUCAACAAAAAAAAUGAUUGAGAACUUCAUUCACAAUAAUGAAGCAAAUCAAGAAAGAAUUAAUAAAACAACUAAAAAUACAACUCAUUUUAUUUCAACUAUAAAAACCUCACUUUCUUCACUUUCUAAUAUUAGUAUUAGAAAUAAAAUGAAAAAGCUUUUGUGACUUAUCCUCCUCUCACAAGCAUAUGUAUUUUACAAAUUAUCACAAACCCAAGUUAUUAGUUUUUAUAAAUUCAAACCUAUCCUUCAAUAUCAUGGAACAUCUCUUUUUCUUAAAAAUGAAAUAAAAGAUUAUUUUGAAGAACGGGGAGUAUCUCAUUCCAGAUUAAGACAUCAUUAUGGGUUAAGACAGAAAAUUGUUUGGCAUUCUGGAAUGAAUGAAUGGAAAAACUGGUUAAGGAGUCGUUAUCAAUACGAUUUAGUUCAGAAUAGAUGGCUAAAAUUAGGACCAGGACAAUGGCGAAAUAGAGUCAAUCAACACUAUCUGGCUCAAAAUAAACAUUUAACAAAAUGGGAUUCAGAUGAAAAAGAAAGAUUAAUUCAUUAGAAAAAAAAUGAUUUUCAAGCGAACUCAUUACUAACUCAAGAAUAUAAACUGAAUCAAGAACAAAAAUAUAAAAAAUCUAAUUUUAAAAAACACUAUGGAUAUGAUUUUUUAUCAUAUAAAUCUAUUAAUUAUCAAGAUAAGAGGGACCCGUAUGCUUAUGGAUCACCAUUCCAAGUAAAUAAGAGGGAAGAGAGUUCUUAUCAUUACAACAUGGAUAAACAAAAUUUUUUUGAUACACUGAGGGAUAUCCCCAUCCAUAAUUAUCUAGGAGAAGGCGAUAUCCUAGAUGCUAUGGGGAAUUUUUCGCACAGAAAGUUUUUUAAUUGGAGAAUUCUUGAUUUUUGUCUUAGAAAUAAGGUCGAUAUUGAGUCCUGGGUCGAUACCAGUACCAAGAGUAAGAAAAAUAUUAAGACUGUGGUUAAGAAUUAUCAAAUAAUUGAUAAAAUGGACCUUUUUUAUUUCACAAUUUAUCAAGAUCAAGAAAGCAACCCAUCCAAUAAAAAAGGAAGCCAUUUUGAUUGGAUGGGACUGAAUGAAGAAAUACUAAGUCAUCCUAUACCGAAUCUAGAACUUUGGUUCUUCCCAGAAUUUGUGCUGCUAUAUAAUGCAUAUAAGGUUAAACCAUGGAUCAUACCAAUAAAAUUACUUCUUUUCAAUUUUAAUGGAAAUAGGAACAUUAAUAAAAAUAUUAUUGAAAAUAAAAAAAGGGACUCCCUUAUAGCACCAAACGAAAAACAAAUUAUUGGAUUAGAGAAUCGAAAUCAAGAAGAAAAAGAACCCAUAGGUGAAGGGGGUCUUGUAUCAGAUGCACAAAAACAAGGAAAUUUUAAAUCCGUUCUCUCAAACCAAGAAAAAGAUGUUGAAGAAGAUUAUGAUAAAUCAGAAAAAAAACGUAGAAAGAAAAAGCAAUACAAGAGCAACACGGAAGCAGAGCUUGAUUUCUUCCUAAAAAGGUAUUUGCGUUUUCAAUUGAGAUGGGAUGAUUCUUUAAAUCAAAGAAUAAUCAAUAAUAUCAAAGUAUAUUGCCUCCUGCUUAGACUGAUAAAUCCAAACGAAAUUGUUAUAUCCUCUAUUCAACGGGGAGAGAUGAAUCUGGAUAUUUUGAUGAUUCAGAAGGAUUUAACUCUUAGAGAAUUAAUGAAAAAAGGAAUAUUGAUUAUCGAUCCAGUUCGUCUGUCGGUAAAAAAUGAUGGACAAUUUAUUCUAUAUCAAACUAUAAGUAUUUUGUUGGUUCAUAAAAAUAAACACCAAAUUAAUCAAAGAUACCAAGAAAAAAACUAUAUUGAUAAAAAUCAUUUUUAUGAAUUUAUUGCAAGACAUCAAAAGAUGACUGAAAAUAAAGACAAAAAUCAUUAUGAUUUGUUUGUUCCUGAAAAUAUUUUAUCCCCUAACCACCGGCGAGAAUUGCGAAUUCGAAUUUCUUUCAAUUCCAGGGAUAAAAAUGGUAUGCAUAGAAAUGCAGUAUUUUUAAAUAGUAAAAACUGUGGUCAAGUUUUGAAAAACAAACAUCUUGAUAGUGAAAAGAAACUAAUUAAAUUAAAGUUCUUUCUUUGGCCCAAUUAUCGAUUAGAAGAUUUAGCUUGUAUGAAUCGAUAUUGGUUUAAUACUAAUAACGGCAGUCGUUUCAGUAUGAUAAGGAUCCGUAUGUAUCCGCGUCUGAAAAUUCGUUAAUGGUACAUUUUAAUGGUACAUUUUCCCCUAUAUUAUGUAUGUAUCGUGACGGGUAUAUGAAAACAAAUAGAUGGUCACAAGGAUUGUCUUACAUUUUAUUCUGAUACACGAUACUAAUUUAAUGACAUACAUAUCAAUUAGAUCGACAAAUGAAUCAACAAAA